AUGGGGUGCUGUGGCUGUGGAAGUUGGGGCAGCGGCGGUGGCAGCGGCGGUGGCUACGGUGGUGGCGGCGGUGGCUGCGGGGGCGGCUGCGGGGGUGGCUGCGGUGGUGGUGGUGGCUGCGGCAGCUGCACCACCUGCAGGUGCUACCGGGUGGGCUGCUGCUCCGCCUGCUGUCCCUGCUGCUGCGGCUGCUGCGGGGGCUGCUGCAGUACCCCCGUGGUCUACUGCUGCCGCCGCUCCUGUGGCUGCGGCUCGUGUGGCUGCGGCUCGUGUGGCUGCGGCUCGUGUGGCUGCGGCUCGUGUGGCUGCAGCGGUGGGAAGGGCUGCUGCCAGCAGAAGUGCUGUUGCCAACAGAAGAGCUGCUGUAAGAAGCAAUGCUGCUGCUAG